AAUGCAUAGAUCACAUCCUGAUUAUAUCCCGAAUCUGUGACUCAUUUCAUCCAAAUGGCUACAAGAGGGCUAAACAUUGGACUUGUCAUGGUCCUAGUGACCCUGUUUUGUGCAAGAACCAUGGCACAAUCUGGUACUUCUGGCUGCACCACUGUCAUCGUCAGCCUGGCUCCAUGCCUGAAUUAUGUGUCAGGGGCCUCCUCAACCCCAACUUCUUCGUGCUGCUCGCAGCUCGCCAGUGUAGUUAAAUCACAGCCUGCAUGCCUUUGCUCAUUGCUCAAUGGCUCAUCUCUCGGUGUUACAAUCAACCAGACUCAGGCUCUGGCCCUCCCUGCUGCUUGCAAUGUGCAGACUCCUCCUGUUAGUGAAUGCAAUGGUAAUUGCUCGUUCAGCUCAAUUCCAAAACAGAAAACCUUCUCCUUGAGCUGUGGAUGCACCAGCAGGUUCUCCUCAAGGAUCCAAAAUAGCACCAUCAACUGGAGGGAGCUGAGUUAGGGUCAAUGUCAACUCAUACUUUUAGCUUGUCCUCAUUGUCCUGCUCGGAGCUUCCUAUGUUGCAACCUCUGGAAAUUUUUGAUGAUGCCUAUGUACGUGUUUGUAUUGUUGCUAUACAAGAUCUUAUAAUGUAGAUGAACUUGUGUGUUGUUCCAGCAUUAUGUAAUCUGUUUUAGUAAGUGUUUAUGGUUUGCUUAAUAUAUAUGUAUGAGUGAUUUCUCAAACUAUGACUAUGGUUUUCCCUCAUUCUACCUUGUAAUGUAAGACUUCUGGCUACAUGCCAAGGAAAUAAAUCUUUAAUUUGUGU